AUGUUAGUUGCGCCAAUUACUUCAAUGUAUGCAGGAAUUUUAGGUAUUUAUUACCUUAAAUUAUUAUUUGACGUUAUUAAGCAAAGAAGAAAGACAAUGACAUCUGUUGGUGAUGGCUCACAAAUAUUAAUUAAAAAGAUAGUUGAUGCUGGUAAAAGUGGAAAAACUGAAAAUUUUUCAAAUAUUGAUUACCUUUUAUAUGAUGAUCUUUUGAAAACUAUUAGAUCACAUGGAAAUUUUGGAGAAUUUGUGCCAUUUGCAUUAUUAUUAUCAUUAAUUUGUGAAAUAAAUGGAAUUCCAGGUAUAUUAUUAAAUGGAGUACUAUUUACAUUCACAGUUUCAAGAUUUGCUCAUGUUUCUGGUCUUCAUGCUCAAUAUUCCUUGGGCUCUGGUCGUAAAAUUGGUGUUUUAUUAACUAUCUUCACACUUUUUUCAUUCUCAAUUAUCUGUAUUUUUUAUCCAAUUUCAAAAUACAUUUCAUAA